AUGCAAAUCGACGAUCUUCCCAUAGAGCUCCAAGCAAAAAUUAUCGAAUUCACCGUCAAAGAGGACCAAAAAGAGCUUCAAAAAAUUGCUCAGACAAGUUCGCAAUGGAAAACGCUGACGGAGGAGAUUUGCUUUUGGCAACCCAUUUUUGAGAAAACGAUCCGAGAAUCUUCAAUUAUUCAAGAAUAUGUAGGAGAAAAAGUCAUUCAAAGUUGGCGAGACAAGUCCCGUCGAUUUUCAAGCCCAAAACGCUCCGCUUAUCUUCAGACGCUCAAAAAAGAAGUGAAAAUUCUUGAACACUUUUUUGUACAGAAGUUUUAA